AUGAAACUUUUAUUUGUUCUUUUCUUUCAAGCUAUUUUAGUCUUUGUGAUCGCUAAGCCACAUGAACAAGAUUCCGGAGAACUAGAACUACCAGACGAGAGAGGCCAAUGGACAAAGUCACAAGAGAUUGCACAAGAUAUUCAAAGAGUUGGAAAUGAUAUUAUUCAAGGAACUGGUUUUGCACUUUGCAAAGUUUUCACUCUUUUUAUCAAUGACUGCGAUUAA